UCUGACGUCAUUCGUGUGCGUCAGUUUGACACGUCAUUCUUCGACUGUUGGAAACAUUUAGCUGUGUUUCACCCCCAACAUGUAGUCCAGCCUCCUUCUAAACCAGAGAGCCGACUACCUGGUUGUCAUCGUGUGGCACGUCAGCCGGGGAACUCUGCUCAACCGUUUCUUACUUUACGCGUGAAGGGACUUUUACCGAUUGUAGAAUGUUACUGGACGAGACGCCGCUCUUUGAGCCCUCCCUGCUGCAGGAGCUGGACUGGAGUGGAAACACUGCGUCCUUCUCUCCCCCCGUCUCCCCCUCCAGCCCAGGAGAAGGACUCGUACUGAGGCCACUUUGUAUGGCCGACUUCAACAGAGGAUUCUUCAAAGUUCUGUCUGAACUCACCAAGACAGGUGACGUCACACCUGAGCUGUUCACAAAAAAGUUUGAGCACAUGAAGACAACUGGAGACUAUUAUGUUCUUGUAGUGGAGGACACACAUCUGGGGCAGAUUGUUGCCACUGCCACGUUAAUCACAGAACACAAGUUCAUCCACUCCUGUGCCAAGAGAGGUCGGGUGGAGGAGGUCGUGGUCAGCGACUUCUGCCGAGGGAAACAGCUGGGCAAGUGUUGGUUUCAACUCUUCUCCUUCUUGGCAAAAAGCUGAAUUGCUACAAAAUCACACUGGAAUGUGCCCCCAGAAAUGUGGCGUUCUACAAAAAGUUUGGCUACACGGCAUCGGACGACAGCUACAUGCAGUGUCGAUUCUUUGACUGAAGACGGCCACAUUUUUAGAACUUGGGACUAUACAGUAAACACAACUGGAACAAAUUUGUUGUAUGAAAUAUAUGUAUUCUAACCAGUAUGAUGUCAGAGUAAGGCGGUCUCUGCCUUCUGAGCAUCAUCUUUUUUUUUUUUUUUUUUAAUCCUCCAGUGAAGUUAAAAUCCCACCUUGCAAAUUUUUUCUCUUUUCCAGAAACAAAUUGAAAAUUUUUAUUGAAGGCAUGUGUGGCUUCAUGUUGUUCAGCUUCGCCUGGCUACGUUUACAUGUAUCGACUGCAGACUCGUCAGAACAAACAAAUGUGUGACAUUCUGAGCAGGAAAGUGUGGACUUCAGGCUCCACACGGAUUAUUUUCUCUGAACUCUGACGGUUCUAUCUUUUGAGCAGGCACAGUUUUUGGGCCCAUUUCAUCAGUGUUGUCUCUGUUCCACAAAUAAUAACAGUGGUGACUGUGCACCUCGGUGAGAGUGGAGCUGAUCUGAGAGCAGCGUCUCUCGUCAAAGUAGAGAGUGUUCCUCAGAGAUUCUACGUCUACAGGUCAGGGAUUAGAGGAGUAGCAGUGAAUGCAGCAGCUGAAAACAAUGCAUGUUUUAAACAGAAACUAUUUCAGUAUGUGCGUAGAUUUGAAUUUUAAACACGAAUAUCAAAAUGAGCAUGGUUGGAAAUAACAUCUGGACCUUUAAAUGGUGCCCCGCCCUCUUUCCUCAGUUAUUCCUUCAUACACUCUUAAAUCAAACCUGUCCUCUACUGGGGUUGUCAACAUAGAAAAAAUGUCUUAAUUACCACAGCUAACUAACAGCAGGGUGGAGCUGAGGCAGUGUUGAACAGUCAGUCUGUGUGAUGAAUGUCUGUGACCCCCCCCUCCCCCCGAGGACUGACAAAAUACAAACAUCUGUGUCUAUGAUGCAAUGCAGCUUGUACUUGGAAUAGAGUUUCACAAUGUUGAAGAGGAUGUAUGUACUUCAUAUAUAUAUACACACACACACACACACACUCUGCCUGGCCAAAGAAAUGUUGAAACUCUUCUCUGUCCCCACAGGGAUCCUCAUCUCUGGGUUUAACUCUGUUCAUAUGAAGAAAAGUUACACUACACACGACUACAAGACCGAGGCCUAAAUAAUGUUUUAAACACUUCAGUUAAGUUUUAUACACACUACAGCUCAUGAUGGAGGGUUUACA